CAUGAAAUAAGAGGAAACAACGGAUAUUCACUAAUUAUUGCCGUUCACACGUACUUGGAAAGAUCACUAACAACCCGAUAGUGUUAAGGUGAACAUAAUUUCGGAUAGGUUUUUACAAAUUUAAGAUGAAGAAGCUGUUGACCAUUGUUUUGGGUUUAUUUCUAGGGAACUCAUUAUGUAGGGAGCUACAUCUAAUUGAUCCCAAGUCUGAUAAGUGCUUCGACUCCUACCCAGAUAUUCAACCAAUCAAUCUCAGUAAUUUGACUAAAGUAUGUGUGGAAACCAUACCCGAAUUGAACGAUUGCCAAGGUAUAAGUCUCAUAAGUGAUGAAGUUGUUAUCCUAAAUUGUGACGAAGCUGGAGAAGACAAGGAAACAUUACAAAAAGGUUGCUACAGACUCAUCAAACAGGAUUCUUCAGAAGAUAUCGUUUGUCAAAGAUUUGUUAGAAGAAGGUCAUGUGAAAUAAUAAAAACACCCGCCAAUAUCGCCAUUGAGGUUCAUUGUGAAAGAACAGCGAGAGGGAUUGUUAAUGUAGAGAAAAUACAUCCCUAAGGUAUCGAUUCAAAUUUUUGACAAAUUGUAUAAUUUAUUGUAUACUGUGUAAAAUAAAGUAACUACUAUUCGUUGAAAUUUUAUUUUUGUGAAA